CAAGGCCCGGCAGCGGGGGGGGGAGGGCGGCCCGCACUUUGUGGAUUCCGUCUUCUCGAGACGGCGCUGGCCCCAGCGCAGGGGCCCGAGCGCCCAUGUCCAAGCCGAGCUGCGGCGGCUUCCUUGCGCAGCCAGACUUCUGGCGGGAAGAGGGCGAUGCGCCUAUAUUGAAGUUCAAUGCCAACGACUGGUUGCAGUCCCACGUGGAUGAGGCUAUCGGCCAUGCCCACGGCUGGCUGGCCUCCAUGGGCGUCGAGGCCAGCAGGUUGGCUGAGUACGACACAACGCCCCUGUCAUCUGAGGGUGCCCGGAUCUUCCGCGCCGACGCCAACAGAACCUUCAGGA